AUGGUCAAGCCAAAGCAGGGCGAGAAGAAGAGGAACACCAUCAGCGAGGUGGUGACCCGCGAAUACACCAUCAACCUGCACAAGCGCCUCCACGGAAUCGGCUUCAAGAAGCGUGCUCCCCGCGCCGUCGACGAGAUCCGCAAGUUCGCCGAGGAACAAAUGAAGACCAAGGACGUACGCGUUGACAUUCGCCUUAACAAGGCGGUCUGGUCCAAGGGAAUCAGGAACGUCCCCUACCGCAUCCGCGUUCGUCUUAGCCGCCGCCGCAACGAUGAUGAGGACAGCCCGCACAAGCUCUACACCCUCGUCACCUACGUGCCUUGCACCAACUUCAAGAAGCUCACCAACGUUAACGUCGACAACGACGAG